AUGGAGAACUACCAGAAAAUCGAGAAAGUUGGCGAAGGCACGUACGGUGUCGUCUACAAAGCCCGCGAGUUGAACCAUCCAUGCCGUGUCGUCGCAAUGAAAAAGAUCAGACUGGAUGCUGAAGAUGAGGGCGUUCCUAGCACCACUAUCCGCGAGAUCUCGCUGCUCAAGGAAAUGCAGGACCCCAACAUUGUCCAACUGCUCAAUAUAGUCCAAGCGGAUGACUACAGUCUCUACCUCGUCAUGGAGUUCCUUGAUCUUGAUCUGAAGAAAUAUAUGGAAUCUCUACCAGUCAGCGACGGUGGCCGUGGUAGGCCUCUUCCCGAUGAGUCUACGUCGAUGGCAACCUUGGGACUGGGCGAUGCCAUGAUUAAGAAGUUUAUGGCCCAGCUGGUUGAAGGUCUCCGCUAUUGCCAUGGUCUCCGCAUUUUGCACCGUGACCUGAAGCCCCAGAACUUGCUCAUUGACCGUGAUGGUAACCUCAAACUCGCCGAUUUUGGUCUAGCAAGAGCCUUCGGUGUCCCGCUACGCACUUACACCCAUGAGGUCGUUACACUGUGGUACCGCUGCCCCGAAAUUCUGCUUGGGGGCCGCCAGUAUUCUACUGGUGUCGACAUGUGGUCUGUCGGCACUAUCUUCGCUGAGAUGUACACCCGCAAGCCAUUAUUCCCCGGUGACUCGGAGAUCGACGAGAUCUUCAAAAUAUUCCGUGUCCUCGGCACCCCCGACGAAGAGCUCUGGCCCGGUGUGACUUCAUUCCCAGAUUACAAGGCCACUUUUCCUAAGUGGAAGCGCCCCGAUACGUCGAUUGUCUCCGGCAUGGAGCCAGCUGGUCUCAAGCUGCUGGAAGCCCUACUCGAGUACGACCCCGCCCGCCGGAUUUCGGCGAAGCAGGCAUGCAUCCACCCCUAUUUCCGUAACGGCAGCUCACACUACUCGGGCCGUCUCCAGCCCAGCGGUCCAUCAAUGAAACUGCCUCGUAAAUUUUCCGGUUAA